AUGUUUAAACAUAUCGAGUUCCUUCUUCGUUGCUUUCCGUUACCUAUUUUUAUUCCGUUACUUUUUAUGUCCCCCCUUUUUAUGCCCCUUAUUCGCCCCCCUCUUGUUCUUUUGUCAUUUAAUCGCCCCCACUCUUUUCCUUUGUCAUUUAAUCGCCCCACCUUUUUCUUCAUUUUAAUCGCCCCCACUCUUUUCCUUCUGUCAUUUAAUCCCCCACUCUUUCCUUCGUCAUUUAAUCGCCCCCACUCUUUUCCUUCGUCAUUUAAUCGCCCCACUCUUUUCCUUCGUCAUUUAAUCGCCCCCCUUUUCCUUCGUCAUCGCCCUUUCCUUUUUAAUCCCCCUCCUUCGUCACUUCUUUGUCCCCCCUCCUUCGUCACUUCUUUGUCCCCCCUCCUUCGUCCUUCUUUUGUCCUCCUUCGUCACUUCUUUGUCCCGUUCCUUCGUCACUUCUUUUCCCCCCCCCCUUUCCUUCGUCCUUAUUCGCCGCCCCCCCUUCUUUCGUCACUUCUUCGCCCCCCCCUUUUCCUUCGUCACUUAUUCCCCCCCCCUUUUCCUUCGUCACUUAUUCGCCGCCCCCUUUUCCUUCGUCACUUAUUCGCCACCCCCUUUUCCUUCGUCACUUAUUCGCCGCCCCCUUUCCUUCGUCACUUAUUCGCCGCCCCUUUUCCUUCGUCCUUAUUCGCCCCCCUUAUUUUCCUUCGUCUUAUUCCCCCCUUCCUUCGUCACUUUCUCCACCUGCCCCCCCUUUCCUUCGUCACUUUCUCCACCUGCCCCCUUUUCCUUCGUCACUUUCUCCACCUGCCCCCAUUUCACUUGUCAUUUUCUUGCCGCUCCUUCUCUUUUCCUUCAUCACUCCCACCCCUCUCUUCUUACCAGAUCUAUUUAUAG